UUUGUACUUUACAGAGCCCGCCCAAAUUCUCUUCCAAGCAAAGAGAAACAGUUUUAUCGGUUAAUAACUGAACUAGAGAAAAAAAAAAAAACAAAAAAAAAAAAAUGCACUUCUUCUCUGCUUCUUCUUCUUCAUCAUCAAAGGCAACAAGUUUGAAUCUUUUCAGUUCCUCUCAAAACUCUAACAAUAAAAAAUACAUAAAUCCAGCUUCCAGAUUUUCCUUCAAAGUCCCGACCAAGGCUGCUCGUCCAAUCCCAUAUUCUUCAAAGCAAUCCUCUCCAGUUCUUGAUCAAAGACCACCACUUUCAUCACAAUCAAGAAACAGAGAAGUAAGAAAAGAAACACAAAAGGAUUCUUUUGAGGAUCUGCUUGUAGUUCGCAGACCUGCAGUGGAGGUUUCUGGUGAAGAUUCUGACGAUGAAGAUGUUGUUUUUGUUAAUGAUGAUAAGAAAUCUUCAGCUAUCAUUGAUGCUGGUCUCGAGAAGUUUGCCAAGAAAAUGCCCAUUUUUGAACCAGAGAGAAUGGAGUUAGGUUCUUCUUCUUCUCAGGAAAAGCCUCUUGCUGUCAAUUUGGACUUGGCUUUGUAUAAGGCCAAGGUUUUGGCUAGAGGUUAUAGAUUUGCAGAGGCUGAAGUGAUACUACAAAAGUGUAUUAACUAUUGGUCUGAAGAUGGGAGGGCAUAUGUAGCAUUAGGAAAGAUACUAACCAAGCAAUCAAAAACAGCAGAAGCUAGAGCUGUAUAUGAGAAAGGGUGCCAGGCAACUCAAGGAGAAAAUGCCUACAUUUGGCAGUGCUGGGCUGUUUUGGAAAAUAAGAUGGGUAAUAUAAGGAGAGCAAGGGAGUUGUUUGAUGCUGCCACAGUUGCUGACAAAAGACAUAUAGCUGCCUGGCAUGGUUGGGCAGUUCUAGAGCUAAAACAGGGAAAUAUCAAGAAGGCAAGACAAUUGCUUGCUAAAGGCAUCAAGUUCUGCGGUGGAAAUGAGUACAUAUAUCAAACGCUUGCACUGUUGGAAGCUAAAGCAAAUCGUUACGAGCAGGCCCGUUAUUUGUUUAGGCAAGCCACUAAGUGCAAUCCAAAAAGCUGUGCCAGUUGGCUUGCGUGGGCACAGGUGGAGGUGCAACAGGAAAACAACCUUACAGCUAGGGAACUUUUUCAGAAAGCAGUACAAGCUAGCCCCAAGAAUAGAUUUGCAUGGCACGUAUGGGGAGUUUUUGAAGCUAAUAUUGGAAAUAUCGAAAUGGCAAGAAAGCUUUUGAAGAUAGGUCACACACUCAAUCCGCGGGAUCCUGUUCUUCUUCAGUCUCUUGCAUUACUGGAAUAUAAACACUCUACUGCAAAUCUUGCACGAGUGUUGUUCAGGCGGGCAUCUGAGUUGGACCCGAAGCACCAACCAGUAUGGAUUGCUUGGGGAUGGAUGGAAUGGAAAGAAGGAAAUAUCUCCGCUGCUAGAGAGCUAUACCAGAGAGCACUUUCAAUUGACUCGAGUAGUGAAAGUGCUGCUAAAUGUCUACAGGCUUGGGGUGUUCUUGAACAGAGAGUUGGCAACUUAUCGUUAGCUCGUAGAUUAUUUAGAUCAUCGCUGAAUAUAAACUCCCAGAGUUAUAUAACAUGGAUGACAUGGGCUCAAUUUGAGGAGGACCAAGGGAACUCUGUACGAGCUGAGGAAAUUCGUAACCUUUAUUUUCAGCAACGAACUGAAGUUGUAGAUGAUGCUUCAUGGGUUAUGGGAGUUCUAGACAUCAUUGAUCCAGCACUUGACAGCAUAAAGAGACUCCUGAAAUUUGAUCAGAAUAAGGAGCAGGAGUCUUCUAGUAGUAAACCAGGCAAAUAUGAAGCUAAUGCUAAUGUUCCUUCAAGUAAUGCCGAUGGCAAUCUCACAAGAAGUAGAAGUGGAUUUGAUUUAGAUUCUUUCAUCAAGGAAAGGCUGUCUUUAGAUCAAUCAAAGGUGGAUGUUCAGUUGGAAACAUCGGGCAACCCAACACCAUGGAGAGUUUCACAGAGAAGACUAUGGAGAUCAUCGCCCACAAAAUUAUCAAAAACUAGAACUUAAUGGUAGAAUUCAAUUCUGAUAAUCUUGAGCCACUAUAGGCCAGGUUGAUAUUUGGAAUACUGUAAACUUUGCACUCAUUGACACUGAUAGUAACAGCAGAAUGUGUUCACAAUCUGUAUAGUGUUAUUCAUAUAAGAAAAUGAGAAAGUUUGACAUUUUUUUUU